UUCGGAACUCCGAAGUGUACAUGCCAUAAAAGUUGGUUUAGCGUUGAUUUUAAUUUAAAUUUAGGAGACUACAGGCUUUUAAAGAUAUGACCCUUUUGCAAACCAUCAUUGGAGUUUGCACACUCAUCUUUGUUGGUGUGAAUUUCACAGAAGGUGAUAAGGGCGGCUAUUACGAAUCUCAAGGACCUUUGUUUUCGAAGGACAACAAACACGAUUCUCUAUCGAUUAAGAUGACGACGGAGGUGCGCAAUAGGAUGUUCAAGAUAACCUGCACCGUGGUGAAGUACACGAUACCAUUCCAAAUCGUUGGCUUUCAACACUUCUACUUCUACAACCUGUUGGUGAGGAAAACAUCGGGUAAGCGCGUGUCCAAGUCGACGGUAGUGUGGACCAUGUAUCCUUACAGCUACGAAGACAUUGGAAUCUACACCUGUUUUGUUAAAAAUAACAUCACUGAAACCGCAGUCACGUUAAAGCCAAUAUUGAACAUACCACCUCUACUGGCUCCGUACGAAGACCAAAAGGAACUGAUUAUGGCUUCCGUUGGCGACACGAUACUUCUGAAUAAAACCAUACUGCCCACGUGGAAGAGAAUCGUCUAUUGGAAUUGGACAGAUCCGAGCGGACGUAUCAGAAAGGGCAGACAAAAAGAUGUCUUCCUACAGCUGGAGAUCCACGACAGGUCAUUUCCCGCAAUGGGCCCCACAUUCGGCUUGCAGGUGUAUGCAGUCAAAGAGGCGGACUUCGGAACAUAUACACUAAAGGUGUGCGACAUCGCUUCCUGCAAUACAUUUUCCACAGUGGUACAAGACAGAAGUCCUCAACACGUGAAACAGAGCUUAACGGCAGGGGUUACAGUGUCAGUGGCGGCCAUAGCAGUAGUGGUUGUAGUGGCAGUAGGAGCUGUUACUGUCCCUGGAGCUUGGUAUAUAUACAAGAGACGUCAACGGAGUGGGACACACGAAAACAAACGGGAAUUUGACAACGCUGCGUACAAAAACGCUUAGUAAUGGGUCGAGAAAAACGCAAAAACUGGGAGCACUGCCGGCACCAAAGUCGACGUGGUGAAGAAGUGGAGACAGAAAGACAGAGAUUUAAGAAGAAUUCUGCCCUGUUAGAACAACAAGGCAGUAAGUGACGAUCGGCAAUAAAAUGAGUUGAUUAUUAAAAAAAUAUAUAUAUUAUUUUGAAAGUAAAUGUCAAAAUAACAUAGCCAGAUUUAAAGCGACAGACCCUAGUUUUUAUACACUACAACAUAUUUUUCACUAUUAAAGCCG